AUGAUCCUAUUACGUGGCAUGAACGCCCAGAUACCGGAUCUAGAUGGCUAUACCGACAACAACGGGAAGUCCAUGCUAGAUCUUGGUUUCUGCCCCGUGGUGGCGACGAGUCAAGACGACACCCACGGAGUCAAGGCAGAGCCAGACACCCCGGCCCUGAAGACAGCCGUGCCAGCGAUUUCCAUGGCUUUCCAGAUGCUCCCGAGCUUCGACGAAAGCACAGAUAAGUGGAAGCCGUACUUGGUCAAAGUCGAGGCGUAUUUCGAAGCAAAUGGCAUCGUUGAGUCAAGCGAGCUUCGGCUAGCUGUUGAGCACCAAGGUGUGUCAGUUGAAUGCACGCUCAUAGUACUAGACUGCACCGGACCAAGCCUGUGCGGUCGAGACCUGUUAACCCUGCUGGAUAGGGCUGGAGUUCCGGUACUGCAAGUCAGUAAAAAAGAAGUGCCGGUGACGGGAGAAGCCAUCAACCACAUCAACGCCUUACGCAGUAACUACGAAGAUGUCUUCUCCGAGGAAUUGGGCCUGAUGAAGGGACCCCCAGCCAGCUUGGUGCUCAAGGACGGUGCGGUAAACAAGUUUUGCAAGGCGCGACCGCUUCCGUACGCGCUCCGCGACAAGGUGGCAAAAGAGCUGGAUCGGCUAGUGUCGCUAGGCAUAAUAUCGCCCAUAAAAUAUUCGGACUGGGCGACCCCCAUAGUACCAGUGCUUAAAAAAUAUGGCACAGUCCGGAUUUGCGGGGAUUUUAAGGCCACCUUGAAUCAUGCUUGUGUACUUGAGCAGUAUCCCCUUCCGGUGAUUGAAGACAUGUUCGCGUCUUUAAGCGGUGGUGAAGUUUUUAGUACACUCGACUUGAAAGAUGCCUACAACCAGGUGCCACUAGACGAAGCUUCACGCAAGCUGUGCGUCAUUAAUACGCACCAAGGCCUAUUCUGUUACAACAGGCUGCCGUUCGGCAUUUCCUCUGCUCCUGCUAUAUUUCAAAGGAAGAUGGAUACCAUUCUAGCGGGCCUGCCUGGCGUUCAGGCAUACUUCGAUGAUGUGCUUGUGUCUGAAAAGGCGGCAGACAACGGAGCUCGGCUGAAAACAGUGUUGGAUCGGUUUCGAGAGCAUGGCGUAAAGCUGCGAUACGACAAAUGCAAUUUCAGCCAGCCAUCGGUUACUUAUCUGGGACACCGUAUCGAUCGUAUCGGUCUUCACCCGACGGAAAAGAACGUGGAAGCUAUCAUGAAAGCACCGAGCCCUCGUAACGUGAGCGAGCUGCGUUCGUUUGUCGGAAUGCUAACAUUUUAUUCAAGGUUUUUGCCGAACAUGUCAAGCGUGUUGUCCCCGUUGUAUCAGUUGCUAGAAAAGAAUGCGCGAUGGCAGUGGAACCAGCCCCAGGAAACUGCGUUCGCCAAGGCCAAACAGUGUCUCAAGAAUGCCGAAGUGCUUGCCCAUUUUGACCCGUUAAAGGAGCUGAAACUCGAGUGCGACGCUUCCCCACACGGCAUUGGCGCAGUACUGUUUCACACAGUAGGCAGCGUCCACAGACCGAUCGGAUUCCGUUCAAGGACUCUCACGAAAGCCGAACGGAAUUACUCGCAGCUGGAGCGUGAGGCGCUGGCACUCGUUUUUGGGGUCACGAGAUUCCGAGACUAUCUGUUGGGCCGUGAAUUCACCUUGGUUACAGACCACCAGCCUCUCCUCGGAUUGCUAAGGGCCGACCGCCCAACACCGUCUAUGGCUGCAGCCCGCAUUCAGCGUUGGGCCCUCUAUCUCGGAGGAUAUUGCUACAAACUUCAGUACACUCCCGGAAGACAACUGCUGAACUCGGACGCCCUCAGCAGGCUUCCGCUGCAAUCACCCGGUCCCAGUAUGGAGCCCCAAGAGCCGCAAGAGUAUGUUUUUUCUUUGGAAAUCCUGGAGGAAGGCACAGUCACGACACGAGAGCUGAAGGACCUUACAGCCGUCGACUCGACACUAGAUCGCGUCAAGCAUUACGUGCUACGUGGUUGGCCUAGAAGCUCGAAAGGACUUGAGCCGUGCCUGGCGGUAUUUUUUGACCGUCGACUGGAGUUGUCCCUGGCACAUGGGUUAAUUUAUUGGGGCCAUCGAGUGGUUAUACCUGCCGGUGCGCGAAAGCGAUUGCUGCAGCUGCUGCAUGAAACCCACCAAGGGUCUUCACCGAUGAAAUCGAUUGCGCGAUCAUUGUUCUGGUGGCCAGGCCUAGACCGAGAGAUUGAGGAAAUGUCGGCUCAGUGCAAGAAUUGCAUCGACAAUUUGCCCAUGCCGCCAGCCGCUCCCCCAGCAAGCUGGCCACAAACUUUUGAGAAGUGGUCGCGCAUCCAUGUGGAUUUUGCCGGACCGAUAGAAGGCAAGAUGGUGCUUGUGCUAAUCGAUUCGCACACCAAGUGGAUAGAAGCGCUUCCUUUGAAGCAAGCUACCUCAACAGCUACAAUCCACUGUUUGCGGGACAUUUUCAGCAGAUUUGGCGUGCCCAGAACGAUAGUUUCCGAUAACGGAACACAAUUCACUAGUCGUGAAUUUGCAACAUUUGUCGAGAACAACAACAUAUCGCACGUUAGGACCGCCCCCUUCCACCCGCAAUCUAAUGGGGCUGCCGAAAGAGCUGUCCGAACAGUAAAAGAGAGUCUUCGGAAGUUGAAGGAAGGAAAACUGGAGCACAAACUAAUGCGACUACUGCUCAAUUACAGAAGGACACCCCAGAAGAGCGGAAAGUCGCCAUCACAGAUGCUUCUCGGAUACCAGAUUAGAUCGCGCCUGGAUACAUGUUUUCCGAAGGGUAGUGGAGACGCACCGUCUGAUAACCAGGAGUGGCUGCCCCAACUAGAGAGCCGUGUGCACGUUCGCAACUAUGGGGCAGGAGACAAAUGGAUACCAGGACAUGUGACAUCUACAUCUGGGACCCGAAUGGUUACAGUAGAAACACCUGGAGCAAUUGUCCGGCGGCACGUGAACCAGGUGCGUCGUCGGCCUACAGAAACGCAGUCACCCGACAUUGCGGAAGACGCGUGCUCGGACGGCGCUACAUUCAGGCCAGAGGAAUCCUCGCCACAGCUCGAUGGGGGACUGGAAGCAUCUGCCUUGCCGCCUGCAGUUGGGGAUCAUCAUGCUGACCGCGCCUUCCCGGCACUUCCGUCAUCCGAAGCAGUAGUGCAAAGCGAACCCGCUCAAGCCUUACGACGUUCUACGAGGACGAGGAGACCUGUUGACCGAUUUUAG